AAAUGCAGUUAAGCUAAACAAAGAUAUGAAAUGUAUUGUACAAAACAAAUUGGUGUACAAGAACACGGGAGUGAGCGAAUUUAUGAAUUAUCAAGUUGGUAUAAAAAUUCGACGAAAAUUCAAUACUCGCUCGACGCGACGCGUUUGAUUUUACUUGCAGCUGAUUUGGUUCAAAUAGCAUAAUUUAAUGAAUAUUUUAAGAAAUCUUUUACAUACACUGUAUAAUCCUUCACUAAAUUUUUAUUCUCCUCACGGAAUCGCUGCUGCAACCCAGUUAGAUAUGUCAAUUAAAGCAGCAAAGAAUAUUGCCAAGCGAAUAGUGUGGGUUGAUUUAGAAAUGACAGGACUAAAUGUGGCGACUGACCAUAUAUUAGAGAUAGCUUGCUUGGUCACGGAUGCAGACCUCAACAUCGUGGCAACAGGUCCAAAUAUUAUUAUUCAUCAGCCGAACAGUAUCCUAGAAAACAUGAAUCAGUGGUGUAUCAAUCAGCACGGUGAGAGUGGCUUGACAGAGGCUAGUAGAAACUCGAAGAUAUCACUCGAAGAAGCCGAGAAGCAAGUUUUACAUUUUGUCAAACAACAUGUACCGGAAAAACGGUGUCCCAUGGGUGGAAAUAGUAUAUACAUGGAUCGGCUGUUCCUUAGAAAGUACAUGCCGAAUUUCAACGAUUACUUACAUUACCGGGUAAUUGAUGUUAGUACUAUAAAAGAACUAGCGAAGAGGUGGUACCAAAAAGACUUCGCAUCUAUACCGCAGAAGAGUUUCAAGCAUAGAUCUAUUGAUGAUAUUCUUGAAAGUAUCAAAGAGCUGAAGUAUUAUAAAGAAACCAUUUUUAAAUCUGUUUAAAUGGAGUUUAGUACCUUUAGUUAAAUUUUUUAGAACAAUUUUUUUUGGUUAUGUACUUGUGUUUAAACAUACAUUUACCUAUAUCCAUCUAAAACAUAUAACGGACAGAACAUAGCAUUUGUAUGAUUUAAAUAAUUUUUAGUAUUCUUUUAGUUAAAUUUAUUGAGUACAAACUUUUUGAUAAGAUAUAUGAUAUAAUUACCUAUACCUUUAACUUAAUAGAUAAGUAAUGCAUAAUAGGCAGAACACGGGUAUUUUUAAAUUAUAUACCACUUCUCAUAAAACUGUAAACUUUCUAUACAUAGUGUUCUUUCAUAAAGAAUGCAAUUAUGCUUGUGUAGAUCUAUUUAUAUAUGGUAACGAAGAAUGUUACAAUAAUUGUCCUUAAGAAUCAUGGUUCUAAAUAUACUUACUGGAUCAAUAGUUGAUUUAUACGUUUUCUGUUUGAAAAAAGCAAAUAUUUAAUGCUUUCAUGAAAUUGUUAAUGUACUUAAUUGAUUAAAUUUUUGUACUUCUUUUGUACGGAUCCUAUUAAUU